AUGGAUAAACCAAGCAGUUAUACCGUGGAAAGUUUUGAGGAUUUCCAAAAAAAGGUUCGUUUUUGGAUUGAACUCUUUCUAUAUAACUAAAGUUUUAGUGAUUUUUUGAAUUUCGAUUUUUUUUUUCUAGUUUUUCCCGUUGUUUUCAUUCAUAAAAAACCUGAAUUUUAGAAUUUUUCGAACUCUUUUUGCGCUAUUUUGUGACAUUUUUCAAUUAAAAUUAGUUCCAUUAUCGAAAUCUUGUUGAGUUUUCGAAAUUCAAAAAUAAUUACAGGUUUUCUGAAAAAUUUCUAGUUGGAAAUGAGAUUUUUUCAAAUCACAUAUUUAACUAUUCUUUUUCAACAGGUCCUGCCGCAGUCCUAUUCUCUCAAAAUUCCACCAAAAUGCCAAAUUUCUUCCUUAACUAACAGUUAUUUCCUGGGAACUUUUGCAAUCGCCCGGAUUUCCGAUGAAAAUCAAAGGAAAAUUCUUGAAAGCCGAUCAACAGAUUUUAUUCACGUCGGCAGGUCGGGAACGCAGGCAAGUCUGAAUUUGUGUUACGGCAAGGGGAUUUUCUUUUUUGAAGGGUACUGUAGGUGAAGGUCCGCAUUUGGUGUAUGAACUAUGUGUGUUUGCACAUUUGAGUGGUCCUCCUUUUUCAUUUAUAUUUUAAAAAAAGCUCAGUUUUUUUUUAAAUUAUAAGUCUGACUGAAUGUUUGGUGUACUGGGAAAAUUUUAAGGCGCUAUUUAAGGGGUUUAAAGUUCUAGUGAUCACUAUAGUAGUCGAAUGAAUGGCCUCUUAAGUGACUAAAAAUUAAUGGACUUUUUGGGAGUCUAAGUGAUACUACUGAACCACUAAAAACUUCUUAAGUGGCCAUUAAGAAGCAAAAUAGUGGCUUUUAUAGAGGUGAUUUUAGUGGCCACUUUAGUGCCCCUUUCCGAGUGGUUCUUGAGGGAUCUCUUAAGUGGCCACUUUCCCAGUAAGUCAACUGUUUCCUAUAGACUUUGUCGAGAAAAAUUUUGGACAAAACUGAAAAAAAACGGGGAGAUGCCCACAAAGUGUGCAACCACCCCAAAUGCGGACUUUUACUUACAGUACUCCUUGGAAAAAGGAAAAUAUUGUCGUAUCAUCGAGUCUGAAGCUUUUUCUGAAGUUCUGAGCUCAACUUUUCCAGAACUUCGAGAAGGCCUAUCUCGAACUUCCUUUGAGUGAAGCGAAGAAGCUGAAAUCUCGCUGGAAAGGCUAUAAUAGCUACAUUUUCGUCGAACAUUUCAUCGAUCUCGACGUCGCCGCCGUUGAUUUUUUACCGACUUUUUCAAUACUCACCAGCUGGGAUAUAAAGUUUGAGUUUUUUUUUAAAGUGAAGAAAAAAUGCAAUUAAAAGCUGGAGCUGUAGAAAGUUUGAGAAUUUCAGUUUAGGCCAAAAAUUGGAGUUUUUAAAUUUCCGUUAUAAUAAAAUAACCUCCAAAUGAUUGUUUUUAGGAAAAUAACUAUUGAAAUGGAUGGUUGUGGUUCAAAUUUAGAAAAAAACCUUUUAAAAAAUGCAGAAAAUCGACAUUAGAUCUUUUGCGCUCCAUUGAUAAUUAUCUCUUUUCAUUGAAAAAUUAGGGUUUAAAAAGGGGUUUUUCUUUGAAAAAUUAAGAAAUAAAUAGUAGUUUUACAGUAAUUUUUUUAGCAGUAUUUUUGAAGAAUUAAUCAAAAAUUAAAACUGUUUUUUUUUAAAUUUUUAGUUCAAAAAAUUUAUUAAAUUUUCAUAAGGCAACGUUCUUUCAGCAAAGAAGCUGAAUUCAUUAUUCAAAAGCUCAAAAUGUUUAAAAAAUAGUUUUUUUUACAAGAAAUCACCGGAAAAUGUGUGUUAUAGUUUCAUUACGUCAAUUUUCGAGCAAAAUUUCCCCAAAAUAAAGAAAAAAAACGGCUUCAGAACAAUGAACGCUUGUGGGCUGGCGUUUUUUUGGCACCUUGAAGGAGAUCGAAUGUUUCUGACGGCCAUGUUGAGUUACGACGCCGUGAUGAAGAAUCUGGAGAGUGCUAUUUUCAAUGGAAAGGUUGGAGAAUGAACCAAGUGGUCCCUUAAGGGUCUAUCUCCAAAAAACAUUAUGAGAGUUUGGAUACAGUAAUUAGCAACUCCAAACUCGGAAUAUUUGUUUCGAUCAAAAAUCUGUUUUUAAAAUGAUACCGGAAGCCUAAAGUCCGUUCAGUAAACUCGGAAAUUUUUAAAGGCGCAUAGGUUGAUUUUGAAAAAAGGCCUCGAGGCGGACGGCCGUUUUAUGUGUGUUUUAGGACGUUUACUAGGUUAGGAAAAGUUCAAAAUCCGAAAAAGUCUAUUUAUAAGGUCCUACCACGAAAUUUUAUUACCCUAGCCACUAAACAAAUCUUCUUUUUUGAGGUGGCCCAAGCCGUCAACAAGGCGGUCAUGGUGUUUCCCGUCGUCCUGAAAGCGACUCAACCCGAAAAACUUGACUGGGUAAUUCUCAACAUUGCGACUUAUUGCUCAUGUUAGCUCAUAUUUCUAGUUGGAAGUUCCUUUUGCAAGUUGGCACAGCGGCGAUUUGAAUUGUUGCGAAUCCGUGUCGGCGGCCAAUUUCGAAGUUUUCUACAAUGAAAUCUCGAAAAUGCGGACGAAACCGCUGCGAUACGCUGUCAGGUGGGUGAAUGUUGAAAAAUGGGGUGAAUGAACUUUUUUGUAAAAAUUUUUUUUUCAAGAAUCUUGAUUUCUAACUGACAAUAAGACCUGAGAAUAUAUAUUUUUUGAGGAAAAAAGUUUUUUUCUGCGUUUUUUUACUAACCCUUUUUAACACUAGUUUUUUUAGAAAAAAAGAAGUUAUCGAUAAGGUUUGAAAUUUAUUGAUUUUUGACGUCUUUUGUUCAAAUAUCAUCAAAAUUUCAGACUAAAAACCGUUACAGGAAAAAAAACCGGGUUAAAAAUAGUCAAUUCAAAAUUCUUCUUUUUCUCUGCUCCCUCUUCUCUUUCAUGCUUUUUCCAUGCUUCUAUGACCUCGCUGGUGAGGGAAAAGAGGGCGCAGACAUGUCAGACUUUCCCAGUCGUCGAUUUUGUUCAAAACAAAGCUAUAAGGUCCAUUAUCGCGACUAUAUUUGUUGUUUUUCUCUGCGCCCUCUCCUAUUGACGUGCUAUUUUCACUUUUCUCUGACCUGUGGAGGGAACAGAGAGACGCAGACACUCGAAAAGUGUUAAGUUGCAGCUUAAGGGCCCCAGAGUGAUCACUGUAGGGGUUAGGGAGACAAAGAGCCGCUAUAGGGGUCGAAAAGUGGUCCCUAUAGGGGUGGAAUUGAGGUGGCCCCUCAGCCCUUGAAGCUCCCUUAAUAGAGUUUAUAACAAUUAUCGCCGAGCAUGUCCACUAUAGGGACCACUUUGGCAAGCUUUAGUGGCCCCUAUAGGGGCUGGUAAAGUGGUUCCUAGGGGACCCUCCAAGGACCUCUAAGGUUGCCCCUAUAGGGACCACUCUGGAGCUCCUAAGAUAGCCGUCUGUUUUCUCUGCUCUCUUUUUUCUUCCAUGCUAUUUUCAUGCUUCUAUCACCUCGCUUGUGAGAGUAUUUUUCUCUGUGCCCUCCCCUUCUCUCGCCUACCCUCUCAUAUUGACGUCCUGUUUUCAUGCUUCUAUGACAUCCCCGGUGAGAUAAAAGAGGGUCCAGACAUGUCAGACUCUUUCCAGUCCUGACGAAUGAAGUAUAUCUAGAAAGUAUUGGGUUUAGGGAAGAAGACUUGAUGUUCAACUUGAUGCCGUACCAACGUGAAGCAGUAAGGUGGAUGAUUGGUCGGGAGCUCGAUCCUCAGAUCGAACCCAUCGAGGGACUUUUCGAUUUUGUCGAGUUAGUGAGCGAAAAAAGAAAGGGUCUUGGAAUGGAGAAAUUGAAUUUUAUAGGAAAAAUGGGAAAAACGCAGAUUUUUCCUCUUUUUUUCGAGCAGUUAUGAUUUUUCUGGAAAAAAAUUUUUUUAUAAAAAAAUGAUUUAUGAAUCUUGAUUGAUGAAAAAAACGUUUUUCUAUACUUUUUUUCCCUGAAAAAAACAGUGUUAUGACGUCAUUAGAAGGAUACUAAUGUUUUCCGAUGCCAAAGGGCGUAAGUCGUUUUGGGUCGGGCGAAACUGAAAACAGCCGCCAUUCUUUGAGCUAUCAUAAGUGCGGCUAUUAUUAAACAAAACUAAUAUUUUUUUGAAAAAUAUUUUUAUUUUCCGACAGGGAUUUGCUCUUUUUCUUCUCAUUUUUUUAUGGGUUUUGAAAUGAUUUUCUUUUGGGAUUUUUUUCCUUGAUAAUCUGCAUAAUUUGAGAUUUUUUUAUAGAUUUUUUUAGACGAUAUCUUCAGAUGAAAAAAAUUAUUUUAUUAUAAAUCUACUGGAAAAAUUUUUUUAGUGGCCACUAUAGGGUUUUGACGUUUUAGUGGCCACUAUAGUAGUCAAGUUAGUGGCCACUUAAGGGGUUAAAAAUUAGUGGCCACUAUAGAGGUCUAAGUGCUACUACUAGACCACUUAGUGGCCACUUUAGGGGUCAAUGGAUCAACAUAACUGGUCCAAUCUGUUUGUUUUAAAAUUAACAGAGUUACUGGAAGGAAUCCUGGAUGAAAAACUACUGGAGUGGCCACUAGAACGGGAAAUAGUGGCCACUAUAGAGAUGGGUUUAGUGGCCACUUUAGUGUCCUCUCCAAGUCCUUGGCAAGCCUCUACAGUGGCCACCAAAAAUAUUCCCAGACAGUACUUUUUUCCUUUUAAAAUACUUUUUCCAGAGUCACCACAGACCAGGAAACCUUGUACUACUUCCAAAUGUUCGGCGUUUUCUGCAAAACUUCUCAAAUCGACAAAUCCAUCCUUAAUUUGACGGGUUUGUUUUUUAAAGAGAGAGAAUAUGAGAAAAAUAUUUUCUAGGAGGAAUCUUGGCGGAUGAAAUGGGAUUGGGCAAAACUGUGGAAGUCAUUGCCUUGCUGACAACUCUGAAAAUGGGAUCCAAAGUGGAAAUUUUGGAGGACGACGAUGAGAAGUCGGUUUCAACAGAAAUUUAUAAUGAAAUCGCAAGAAAAAAAUUUUUUUGGCAUUUUUUUCGAGAUUUUUUUGAAAAAUUUACGUAUUUUCGGUCAAUUUUCUGUUGAAAUAUUGAUUUUGUAUGCUUCCUUGUCCCUUAAUUUUUGUUAAUUUUGUCAUUUUUUUACACAUUUUUCCCUUCAGUGAAGCCUCCGUAUCACAAGCCAACGUGUUCAAAAAGUCGAGGCAACGGGAGCCGAGCGAAGAGGGGAUUUAUGUUAGUUUGCCGUUUCAGAACAGAAUUAAAAACUCUAAACAUGAAAUUUUUUUAAUAACUAACUUGGGCAAUUUAGAAAAUAUUUUUUUCAAAGUUAUAUCGCGAAAAAAAUCAUUUUUUUAAGGUCGGAAGAACUUUUUCGGUAGUUUUUUUUUUUUGCUUGAAUCGAAGUACCCACUUAAGAGACCUUUUUCAGAAGUAGAUGAUCUUAUAAAAAUUUGAAAAUUUGUGGCCGCAUUUGGAAUGGCUCGAUGCGUGCGACCGACCAAAACCGACUUGCGCUGUAGAAGUUAAGAAAGCGGUUUCAAGUCAGUUUUACUCUGUUCAGACGCUUCGAGCCAUUCCAAGUGCGGCCAAGAUGUGCCAUAUCAAGUUUCUAAAUCAUUUUUCUGUUUCCCAAAUACUAUUUCCACUUUUUAUUUGGUUUUUUUUCGAUGUUGGAGAUCGUUAAGAACCGAAUUAAUUUAUUCAUUUCCAUCAGAAAUCCUCAAAAAUCGAUUUUAAGGGGCUUUUCUUUUUUUUUAACGAUAUUUUUCCAGCAAAGACCAGGAUCCAGUGGGGAAAAUAGAACGACGAACGAUUAUUUGACGACUCCGAAGAGAGGGAAGCCGUGUGAAGAAUGUAACUCGUAUUGCGAUGUUGAAAAGGUGAUUUUGGGGGUCUUGUCCUGGUAAAAAUUCUUAGGGACGCCUGAGUGGUCCCUUUAGGGGUUUAGGGGUCCCUAUAGGGCUUCUGGGUCAGAUUCCCCAAGACUCUGAAGUUCAAGUGGUCCCUGUAGAGCUUCUGGGUGUGAUCCCGCGAUCGCUUUAGGCUCAAGUGGUCCUUAUAGGACUUCAGGGUCUGUUUCCGCGAGCUCUUUGCGCUCAAGUGGUCCCUAUAGGGCUUUAGGGUCAAAUCCCCAACCCCCCCCCUGAAGUUCAAGUAGUCCCUAUAGGGGUCAGAGUAAUAAACAGCCUCUGAUCGGGACAAAGAAGGGCUCACUUAAGGGAUCAAAUUUAGGUGGUCCCCAUAGGGGUUUAGGAUGUGAUUCCCAAGCCUGUGAAGCUCAAGUGGUCCUUAUAGAGGUAAAAUUUAGGUGGUCCCUAUAGGGGUUUAGGGUCUGACUUCUCUUGAGGGACCACUCGAGCCACUGAAGCUCGAGCGGUCCCUCAAGAGGUUGCAGGAAUAAACAGCCUCUGACCGGGACAAAAAGGGCUCCCUUCAGGGGUAAAGUUUAAGUGGUCACUAGAGGGGUUUAGGGUGUGACUUCCUAUCCUUUGAAGCUCGAGUGGACCCUAUAGGAGUAAUAGGAAUUAAUAGCCUCUGAUCGGGACAAAAAGUGUUCACUGAAGGGGUCAAAAUUAGGUGGUCCCCAUAGGGGUUUAGGGUGUGAUUCCCAAGCCUCUGAAGCUCAAGUGGUCCCUAUAGGGAUUACAAAUAAAUGGCCUCCAAUCAAGACACAAAGUGCUCCCUUCAGGGGUAAAGUUUAAGUGGUCCCUAUAGGGGUUCAGUUUGUGAUUCCCAACCCUUUGAAGCUCUCUUGGACCCUAUAGGGGUUGUAGGAAUGAAUAGCCUCUGAUCGGGACAAAAAGUAUUCACUAAAGGGAUCAAAUUUAGGGGUCCCUAUAAGGCUUCAGGGUCUGAUUUCCAAGCUUCUGAAGCUCAAGUGGUCCCUAUAGGGGUUAUGGGAAUAGAUAGCCUACGAUCGGGACAAAAAAGUGCUCCCUUCAGGGGUAAAGUUUAAGUGGUCCCUAUAGAGCUUUCAAGGUCAGAUUUCCCAAGCCUGUGAAGCUCGAGUGAUCCCUUAAGAGGUUACAAUAAUAAAUAGCCUAUGACCGGGACAAAAAGUGCUCCCUUCAGGGGUAAAGUUUAAGUGGUCCCUUUAGGGGUUUAGGGCCUGAAAAGUGCUCACUAAAGGGAUCAAAUUUAGGGGCCCCUGUGGGGUUUAGGGUCUGACCCUCGAGCCACUGAAGCUCUAGUGGACCCUAUAGGUGUUAUAGGAAUAAAUGGCCUCUGAUCGGGACAAAAAAGUGCUCCCUUCAGGGGUAAAGUUUAGGUGGCCCCUAUAGGGUUUAGGGUAUGAUCCCCGAGACCCUGAAUUCGUACCUACAGGGUCUUUUAAUUUUUUUUUCCAGAUUUUAUAUCUGAUAAAACAAGUUUGAUCGUAUUUUAUUUAAAAAACGCCAAUAUGUGGAACUUCUCAAAGUGUUUAUAAAAAAAACGACUAGCAUUUCUCCUAUAGGGACCACUUUUGGAAGUUUUAGUGGUCCCUAGAGGGUAACCAUUAAGGGCUCCUAAGGUUGCUCUUUUAAUGACCACUCUAGAGUUCCAAAGAAUAACCACUGGAAAAUGGAGAGUUUCUCAAAGUUUAAAGGAAAUGGCGGCCCAAGAAUUUUUUAUUACUUUUAUUUUCAACUCGAUGAAGCUGUUGUGUUCUUCCCAUUUUUCGAUAAAAAUAUAUGGUAUUUCACAUUUUUUCCUGUUUCAGCUCAGUUGGAAGCCGUCAUUUCAAGGUCCAUUCUACUGUCCUCAGUGUAUCACUGAAAAGGUACAAUUUAUUCAGAAAAGGAUAUUUUUUUGUUUCGUUUUAAGCCUUCAACAGAGAUCAAAACGACUCUGAUUAUUGUGCCGGAAUCUUUGACAAGUCAAUGGUACGAGGAGCUCCAGAAGCACAUUUCCCGAAAGGCCAACCUCAAAGUGAUGGUAAGUUUUUUGAGGGAAGCGUUGCGGUCGCGUCGCGGCUUUGUUUGCGUGAUCCAAGAACCUUCCUUUUUCUCUAAUGUAUCAUUUUUUGAAAAUUCUCCCUUCCUUCGAUUAGUUUAUAUAUGUAGGUUCAAAAAAAAAAAUUUAUUUCGAAAAUUAUAGUUAAAGGAGAUUUUUGCGCUCUAUUGAUAAUUUUUUUAUUUUAUGGCUUUUUUAGCCAAGCUUUUGAUGCCUUUCUCGCUUUUUUAGAGUUUUUUAGGUUCUAAGUGGUCGUUUAAGGGAUUUUUUGCCUCUUAAGUCUCCGCUUCAAAUAUCCAGUUUUUUUUGCAAAAAAAUUUGCUUCCAUAUCUUUUUUUAACGAAGCAUUUUUAACAACUUUUCCUAGGAUCCAAGUGGCCAAUUAAAGAAUUUUUUUGCCUUUUUAAAGGCUCUAAGUGGCUCUUUAGGUGGUCUUACUUAAGUGAUCACUUAAAAAGCCAGAAUUUUUCGGCAAGCGCCAUCGAUUUAUUGAACUGUAUAGCUGAAUUAUUGCUAGCUUGAGACGCUAAAGGGGCGUGGCCUGUCUGCGCUCUCCAGAAACCAGGCACUCUCUCAUUUUUCUGAUAAUCGUGAUUGAUUAAUAAAAUCAGCUUCUAGUUUCAUUUUAUUUUGGAAAAAGUAAUAUUAAGACGUUUUAUUAUGAUUUUUAGGAUCCAAGUUGUCAAUUAAGUGUUUUUAUCGUUCCUUCCGCAAAGGCCAGGGCAUUUUUGUUUUUGUCAGGCACGGCAUUUUUGUUAUUGGAAAAAAAAAUGCAAAACCAAAAAUUAAGGGGGCGUGGUCAAAAACUCCGCCGUUCCCAUGUGACGUCAUGGGAAAUACGCGUAAAUAACAGGAAAUAUAAAAGGCGCAUUAAUGGGUCACGAGACGAAUCCUUUAAAAAAACGCGAUUUUCCUGUUUCAUUAAAAAAAAAACAAAUGGCGUGUGCCAGAGCGCCGCAGUGUAUGCACACGACACACUACACUUCACGGAAAAAAUAUUAGCGGGCCGUCGUCAAAAAAAAAAACGAGAUGUAUGAGCUGUAAAAUGUUUGUGAAUGGAUAAAUUCAGCUUCUAGGAUUUUUUUUUUGAAAAAGAAGAAGUUUUCGGGUUUUAAAUGUUUUCUUCCAGUACUACUAUGGACUUUGGCACCACGGUUUCAUGCAUCCGCAGGCCUUCAACGAAUUCGACAUUGUGAUUACGACGUAUGAGACACUUAAUCGGGAGUUCCGAUACGCUGACAGGACCGAGGACACGAGUGAGUCGCCAAAAAAUUUCAGGAUAAAAAAAUCAGGAAUAGUGCGGAAAAAAAAAAGAAGAGGAAGAUCAGAAAAAUCAAAAAAAAAAAUCAGAAAAAAUUGGGAGCAAUUUUAAAAUCAGUAAAAAAGUUCUAAAACAAAGAAAAAAACAAAAAAUGAAUGUCUCUGUUUUUUUUUUCCUUUUUCCAGGACAGUUUCUUCAAAGUUUGUAGUUUUAGGCUUUCAUUGAAGACUUAAAAAUCUCAGUGUUCGGAGAUGAAUUGUAAAAUCAGCCUCAGAAAGGCAAAUGCGCUCCAUGGACCAAAUCUUCAAAUCUCUAUUUAAAUUGAUACCUUGCAACCGGAGAAGUUCCGGACGUUUCUGAGCAUUUCAAGUGACCACUUUAGCGGCGUCAGUAUUCCUAAGUGAUUCCUAGAGUGAUCCCUAGGCAAAUGCGCUCGACCGACAAAAUAUUCGAAAGCCUGCUUAAACCGGGACCUUGAAACCGGAGACGUUUCUGACGUUUCUGAGCAUUUCCAGUGACCACUUAAACGUCGCCAGCACCCUUAAGUGGUUCCUAGAAUCGCUGAGACACGUCCGGGGCGCGUUACCAAAUUCUGAGCACAGAAAGCUUCAAAUUCUGCAGAUAAUUUGCAAAAUCAGCCUGAGCAAUGCAAAUGCGCUCCACGGACAAAACCCUCAAUUUUUGCUCAAAAUUUCUUUAAUUUUCAAUAAUUUUUGAUUUUUGUUUGAAAAAAAAAGUAAUACUUUUGACAGGUGUGAAGGGAUGCGAUUUCUCUCAAUUUUAAACAUUUUUCCUCAAAAAGAAUCAUUUCUAGGACCGAUAAGAAAUAAAAGGGCCAGGAUUUCCUACGUCCCAACGCCGUUGAUCCAUAUCAAGUGGUGGAGGGUACGUCAAUUCAUUAGAAGUUUUCAAAAAUAAUGAUUAUUUUUGAGGUUUGCAUAGACGAAUCCCAAGCGGUGGAAGAUUUCAAGCGACAAACGGCCCAAAUGUGCGCCAAAAUAGAGUCGAGGGCUCAGUGGUGCAUCACCGGAACGCCCUUGGUCAAAAGCUUGGAAGGUAUCGGAAAUCGAGGGAAAAAAUGUGUUUAAGUUGGGUCACGACUCGUCACGACCCAAAUUUUUUCAGUUCUUUUUGAACUGGCUCAGCUGGGCGGGGCCCGGACUCCGGGUCUUAUUUUUGCGAAAAAGCAUUUUGGGGCUCGGGCCGAGCAAGCUUCGAAAAAAAGUUCCCCCCGCCCCCCGUUUUUUUCGUUUUUUUGUCAAGUCUCCGGCUGAACUUUUUGAUGAAAUUUCAUGAUUGCAGAUUACAUGGGAUGAGCAUGACUGGCGACACCCCCCUUUUCUUCAAUUCCCACCGAGACUAUCCACCCCAGAACAAGAAAAAUUUCUCGAUAUAGAUCUGGUUUUCGAGUUGCGACGCUUCAAAAUCUUGAAACAACUUUUUUUUCUACCUCCGUUUGAACUUUUGAUGAAAUUUCAUGAUUGCAGAUUACUUGAGUUGACUGGCGAGAGCCACUCCCCCCCGUUUUCUAGUUUUUUCUUGCCAAGCCCCCUCUUUUUUUUUGGUUUAUUUUCGCCAAGUCUCCCCUUUUUUUUCAAAUCCCACCGAGACUAUUCAACCUAGAACAAGAAAAAAUUUUUCGCUAUAGAUCUGGUUUUUCAGUUGUGACGCUUCAAAAGCUUGAAACAACAUUUUUUGUCAUGGUUCGCGUAUUUUGCAAACUUUGAAGCGUCGUAACUCGAGGCCAAUUUACAGUAAACCGCAAAAUAAAAUGACCUUGUUUUUGAAGAAAGUGUACCUUCCUUCCUCCUUUCAGACAUCUACGGCCUUCUGUACUAUCUCUCGGUAUAUCCCUACUGUGUCGAUUCAUUCUGGAAGAGGUACCUCUGGAAACCCUGGAUAGUCCACAUGGCGAAGCUCAACGGUGUCUUUUCUGAAAGUGUUGACCUUCCCGACCUUCCCGGCCAUAUCCAACCUUUGAUGGCGGCGUUGAGCCAGAUCAUGUGGAGGAACACCAAAUUAUCGAUUAUUGAUCAGGUUGACAGGAGGAUAAAGUUUGGAAAACCGUUUUUAGAUGAAAUUGCCGCCGAUCAAUGAGAUCGUGGAGCAGAUCACUUUCACGGCCAUUGAAGAGCGACAGUAUAAGGAGGAAAUCAGCAAGAUUCGAGCCAAAUUGAGUGGGUUUUGUGGGGGUUUUCAGAAUUAAAAGCCGUUUUUCCACGCUCCUAAAAGAACACUUUAGGGACGUCAGUACCUCUUAAGGGAUCACUUAUCCUCUCUCUUUCAGUUGUUUUGGUUUUUUUUAACUUUGAGAGUUUACAAAAUGGAAAAAAUUAACGAGAAUUUAUGACUGAUUGGCUUGAGCCGUCGAAGAAGGGUCCUGACACGAUAAUAAAAAAUAGGAAGUGUACGGUUGGUGGAGAGCGCAGACCGGCCACGCCCCUGAACGUUACAGGCUAGAAUUAGCUAUAACACGGCGUUUUUUCGACGACGCCACGCCCACUUUUUCUCCGUCAAGUGUCGUGUGUCGUGUGCAUGCACUGCGCCGCUUUCGCGCAGAAAAAAUUCCUAUUCGUCUCAAAGACCUCUGCCAAUACGGCGGCCUGCGCCUUAAUAUGCCCUGUAAUUUACGCUCUUAGAACCGAAAUCUUUGCCGUUCCCAUGACGUCACGUGGGAACGGCGAAUAUUUUGGCUCCGCCCACCGUGUUUUUGGUUUCGAAUUUUUUUCCACUAACAAGAACGCCGUGAUAACAGAAAAAAUUUUUAACUAUCAAGAAAUUUUCCAGAAGAAAUAGUGAGGAACAAACGAAAUGACACUCUGCUCAGCGAUUUGGGGCCGACUUAUAGGGAAAAAGUUCUGACUUCCCUUCACGCCAUCAAGGACACUUUACUCACUGGUUAACUAUAACUGGAACUUGAAGAAAAAAUCGAUUUCCAGGAGGAGAACACAUUUUUGGACGGGGCGAACUCCUGGACAGUGGCCAUAGUGGUAUUACAGUUCUCAAGGUUCAUUUUUUUCGGAUUUUUUUAAUAGAAUAUAAAGAAUUUUUAAUCCUCAGAAACUGAUUCGAUCGAAGAAAACCGACCUCCAGGAUCGGCUCCGCGAAGUUGUCUGCAUGUAUAAUGGUUUAAAAAAAUUUUUUUAAAAAGAUUUUAAAAAAAUUUUUUUAGCCCUUGCCGGCGUCUAUUGGGCCUAUGGGGGAGCCGGAAUUCGCCCCAGGAUAUUAUUCGAAAGUUUUUUUGAGCUGGACCAGGUUGGAUUUUUCAUCGUAUUUUCCACAGAAACCUUAGUUUGUAAAAAAAGUUUCAAAUAAAACUGAAAAAACUUUUUGAGCAGGUUUGAAAUGUUCUCAUAUGAUUUUAAGUCAACAUCAGGAUUUUUUUAUACCUUUUUUUGAAUAUACGAAAUAACUUCACAGUUUCCCAAAGGAUUCAUAAAUCAAUAAGUUUGCUCUUUUUUUCCAAUUUUACUAGUUCAAUGAAAUGAAUUUGAGUCGGGAAAAAAAUUUGGGCGAUUUUUUUCCAAUUUUUUUCCUCCUUUUUUUGAGAUAUCCCUUCACGUUUUAAUCCUAUAAAGAACAUUUCUAAAUGAAUUAUUUUCAAGAAAAUCGGCGAACUGAACAAAAGCUUCGCCGAAUGCCUCGGACCCAUAUCGGAGGUUGAAGAAAAUGAGCUCGAAGAGGACGAAAAUGACGUCGGACACGCGAAAAUCGCCGCCAGUUUGUAUAAAAUCGCCCUUCUCAGUGGUUUUCUGGAGUUUCAGAAGCUUUGCAAGAAGUCCCGGACGAAGACGAGCAGAUUCUGAUGGACGAAAGUAUCGAUGACACUGAGGAAAAGGACCUUGAGGAGAAGAUUUUGGAUAUUUCGAAUCAGAAUGAUGAAGAAAUGGAGGAAGAAGAGGGGGAAGACGUCGAAACGGUCGGAGAGACGAGAAAAUUGGGUCGGUUUAAAAACUAACUCAAUACCCCUGGAGUGGUCCCUAUAGGGGUGAGGACCCCUUGAAGACACCUCUCUAGGGACCACUUUCCCCAAACACACACAAAAGAACCGAUUACUGGGAAAAUUUUUAGUGGCCACUAUAGAGGCUCACCAAGGACUACUUGGAGAGGACACUAAAGUGGCCACUAAACCCACCUCUAUAGUGGUCACUAUUUUCCGUUUUAGUGGCCACUUCAGUAGUUUUUCAUCCAGUAUUCCUUACAGUAACUCUGAUAGUUUAAAAAAAAACCAAUUGGACCAGUUAUGUUGAUCCAUUGACCCCUAAAGUGAUCACUUUUUAGUGGUCUAGUAGUAGCACUUAACCUCUAUAGUGACCACUAAUGAUUAACCCCUUAAGUGGCCACUAACUUGACUACUAUGGUGGCCACUAAACCGUCAAAACCCUAUAGUGGCCACUAAUAACUUUCCCAGUAAGCUUGCGAAAGUGACCCCUACAGGAUAAAUCUAAUGGUCCUAAGAAGAGUUUCAGUUAGAGUCUUAUCUAGGAGAGCAUGCUAGUGGUCCCUAGAGGGACAAAAUUGCAACGUAGGCGCAGAAAAUUUUUGUGACCUGCUCCGUUUUGUAAAACUCUUUCACGGAACAUCAUAUGAAAUUUUGAUUUAUGUUCAUUGAAAAACGAUUUCUCUUUGAAACCGUAACAAAACAUUUUAAGACCUCUAUAGGGAUCACUUAAGAGCUUAAGGAGUUUAGGGGCCAAUCCUAAACCCUUUUUUUCCGAUUUCUGAAAGAAAGGGGCGUGGCUCUGCGACCCAAAAAUGAAAAUCACUGAAAACCGGAACAAAAAGACCUUUGCGCUCUAUUGAGAAUUGAUAGAGACUUUUUCCUUAUUCUCUCGGAUUUUUUUCAAUUUCAAAAACUUUUCCGUUUUUUUUUUAAUUUUUAAGUUUUGUGGGCUUCUUUUGAAGUUAGCCAUCAAUUUUCAGACGCACGUCAGAUCAAAGCCAAGGAAAAGCUGAAAAAGCUUGUGGCGACGGCGGAUCGCGAUGCGCGGAAACCGGUCCGGAUCGAUGCUCCUUUACUAGUUCACAUGUACCAGUAAGUUUCGAAGGAUAUACAAUUUGUCCGCGUGAGAUCGCCACCUUUGAAAAAAACAACAAAGGUCUUGAAGCGAAGCGGGGUCAAUCUUGAUCUGGUUUGGUAUACGGUAGUUUUUUGCGAAAAAAAUGUGACAAGCUGGCGCGGAAUAGGCUAUAGUCUGUCCAAACUUUGAAUUUUGAGAUUGAGUUUCCAAUUUCCCGGGCUACGGUAUCUUUCGUGUCGAUAUUGUAUCGCGCGAUGUUCCUUUAAUAACACUGCACUUUCUGACUUUUUUUGACUUUUAGGUCAAAACAAAAAAGUAGCGCUAUUAAAGGACCAUCGUCACGCGCGUUAAUAAAUCUACACGAAAGUAACCACGGGGGCGGAGCUAGCCGCUCAAAACUCGAAAAUUUGAACAAAAUCUGGACAGACUGGUAACCUAAAAUAUACAGCAGAAAAGAAGAAGAAAAAAUAAUUUUUUGCUCAGGAGCAUUUGCGCUCUAAUGAGAAAAAAAAAUUUUUUUUUUGCCAUUUUGUGUUUCACGCACAAGUUUUCUACAGAGAAAGAGUUCAGGAAGAAGAAAAUUGCGGAUUAAAAAUUAUUUUCCGGAAACUUCUCAUAUAAAGUUCAGUUGCACAUUUGAAAGGUUCUUCCUGAUAUUUUUCAAUUUUUUCUCCAUUUUCGCUCAUUUUUUCACGGAUUGAUCCUGGGUUUCUGUUUUGAACUGAGAGAACAUUCAAAAAAAGGCAGUACUGAAAUUCUCCAGUAACCUUCUGGAAGUGAGGAACAGCGGCUCUGAAUUGGCCAAAAAGAAUGCCGAAACGAUCCUUGACAAAAGUGGCGAUCUGAUGAAAGAAAUGGUCACCAACGCGGCCGCCAGAUACUGUCGUGUUGAGGUUUCUGAAAAAAUCGCUAUUCCCCAAAAAAAUGAAUAAAUUCAGACAAGAGCCAUCCAAAUGUUCGUUUCGAGAUGGGCGGCCCACUGCAAAAGAUGGAGUUUUGCUGAAUAUUCUGGCGAGGUUGGCGAUGGGGCGAAAAUGUCUUUUUUUUUUUGAGCCGCGUAAAAAUUUGACAAUACAAGAAGAUUGAAAAAAAGCAGUAUAUGGUUGAAAAUCUGUAGAAAGAGGUUUGAUUUGAGCUAAUUUUUAGAAAAAUAGCAACGAAAAAAGGUCGCAGAGGUUUUGAGGAUUGUGCGCUCCGUCGCUAAUUAGUGAAUUAAGUGAUUUUUUUCCAUCAUUUCAACUCGGAAAUUUUUUUUCAAUUUUUCUCUUUUGACUUAACUUUGAUCUUCGUAAUGCGAACAGGACGCGCCCCGGACGUUUCCGAGCAUUUCUAGGGACCACUUUAGCGGCGUCAGAACUCUUAAGGGAUCCCUAGAAUCGCUCAGGAACGUACGAUUUCCGUUAAGGGGGUCCUAGAUAUAAGGAGGGUCUCUAAGCGAUUAGCGAGAUAGUGUGCAAAAAGAAGAGGUUCAGACGUUUUUCUAUGUCUUCUUAAGUUGCCAUAGAAUAGACUAUAGUUUGACUGAGACUUUUUUGAAUUUUUUUUUUUGAGAUAUUGAUCAUUUUCUAUACAAUUUCGCAUUAUUUCACGGUCCCAGUCUUUCAAAAAUUCGAAUUUUCAGUUUAAAAUUUUUUGCGAGAUGUGGAUCUUUUUCGAUAGCAUUUGCAUCAUUUAUAGCUAUCAAAAUUUUAAAAGGUCACCGAAUAUAGUCAAUGUUUCCCGACUUGAAAGGCGAGGGAGGCGGGCCAAGGGGCGGGACGCGUAGCGUGUGCGUACGCGGUUCUUGGCACGAGUUCAAUUCAACCGCGAGAGAGCAUUCAGAGAACUUAUUUAUCGCUCUUUUCACUUCUUUUUUAAUGAUUUAUUGAUUAUCUUCAUAUGCGCAUCAAAAAAUAGUAGAAAUUACAGAAAAAGAGCGGUUGCCGAAACUCUUAAAUAGUCGGCAGCGAUUGAAUUGAACUGGCGCCAAGAACCGCGAACGCACACGCUACGCUUCUUGCCCCUUGCUCCGCCUCCCUCCCCUUUCAAGUCGGGAAACAUUGUCUAUAGUCAAAUAAUUUAUUAAGUUCGAAGUCGUGAAGAGAAUCCUGACUUGUGAACCGAAGGAAGAGAUCGUCAAAAUGCUCGACACGUUCCAUCAGUUCAAGGACAGUCUAGACGAUUCAAACGUCUCUGAAACCAGAGGAUUGGCCACCUUUUUCAACAAUAGUGGUCCCUUGAGGUGAAUUUCGGAAAGCUAUUGAUAACAAAGGGUUAUCAGGACAAUAUAAUGUCAUUUCUCUGGAGUUUCUCCAAACUUCUUAAGAAAACAAGAAGCUGGAUUAAAAAUAUACAGCGUGAAAAUUCCAAAAGGACGGAUGAAGGGGCUUCUGGCAAAAAAAAAUGUCCAGAGUGACUUUUAAUGACUUUUUAUCGGAAAAGGUUCUUUUUAAAGAGUUUUUUCAAAACGAAUAAUGCCAAAAAUAAAUCCAAAAAAAUAGAAAGAAAAAAAUGUUGAAACUAUCAGUUUCUUGAAAAAUGCGAAGAAUUUGAAAAAAAUGUUCUCACCUUUCAAAAUAAAAAAACAGUUUUGUGCUCAAAAAAAUAUUUAUUUUUUUCUUGAAAAAUUUGAUUGAAAUAUACUGAUUAGAAGAAACUUUUUGCAAUUUUUAAAAAAAUCUGAGAAAAAAAUUUUUGACCUCAAAAAGAUCAUUUUUUUCAUGAAACGUUGAUCAGAAUGAGCUUGGCUUUUUUUCCUCUUGAAGAAACUUGAAAAAAAUCACUUUUUGUUCACAGAAAUUCAUUUUUUUCAUGAAAUUCCAAUCAAAAAGGAGUUUAAAAAGAAGCUAUUUUUACCCCGUAAAAAAAUUUAAAAAAAUAAUCCAUCUUGUCCUUUUUAAACUUUAUCUGAGGUUUUACUCGUGUAUAGAAAAAUGUCAAAAUUUAUUCUUCCUCAAAAAAAUCUCUAAUCUUUCCAGCAAAACGAUGGACCGACUGCCCUUCGAUGGACUGAAAAAGACCCGAUACCAGGAUCUUGUACCGAUCGAGAUUUUGAACUUUGAAUCAAGGGAACAGGGAAAAACGCCACUGAAAAAGAAGGAAAUUGACGAAUCUCGGCCGGUUUUCGCAAACGACGAAGAUUUGCUGAAAGCUGUUGCUGAACAACUCGACAAGAUCGAAAUGACUCGGAAGAAAGUUAUGGAGUUUCUACGGCUCGCAAUGUGUCUUAGCGAGGUGAAUUCAUGGGGAAAAGACAGAAGGGGGAAUUCAGAAGAUACUUUAAAAAGGACUUUGAUAAAUUUAUAAAAAAUUGACGGACUUUCGGAUUCAGAAGAGACUUCAGAAAAGAUCAAGGGGAAGUUAUUUCAAAAAAAAAAAAGGGCUAAUGUUAUAAGAGACUUGAGGAAAGAUCCAGGGGGAUUCAUUUUAAGGAAAGAAAGUCUUUUUAAUUUUGGGAUAAACUUUAAAAGAGACUUAGGUAAAUAAAGAAAAGACGGUGCUACGACAAGAGCGAGUUUUCCAUUUGCAAGGAGUACGGUAUGCGGAAAUGCGCAUUGCGUGCAUACACUUUGCGUGUUUACACUGUCGUUGCGAGACGUCCCCGGGUUUUUUGUUUCCGAGUUUUUUUUUUUCGAAUAUUUUUCAAUAUUUUUCGCUUUUUUUCAACAUUUUUCAUCAUGAUAUUCGCACGAUCAAAAAAACAGUAUCAAAAAUUGAAUUGAAAAAAAUAUUCGAAAAAAAAAAACUCGGAAACAAAAACCCGGUGACGUCACGCAACGAAAGUGUAAACACGCAAAGUGUAUGCACGCAAUGCGCAUUUUUGCAUACAGUACUCCUCGAAAAUGGAAAACUCACUCUUGUCGUAGAACCGAAAAGACAGGUUUUAGGACAUUUUAAGAACUUCACUGAAGAAAUUUCGAAGAAAUGUAUCUUUUCAACGAGAUGAGCUUGGGUGUUACUGUAACUUACUGUAGGAUCUUUUUUUUGAAGGUAAAUCAAGUCCUGUUACGAACUACAGUACACUAUGUGCCUUUAAAGGCAUAGGGGCAGUAAAAAACGGUGUUUCAGUUGAAAGCAGUUCUUUGUAGAGCUUUUCAUUGCGAAUCGAACGGUGAACUUUGAAACGUACAGAAGUUCCUAGUUUUGGAGAAAAAAUAAUUCAAAGCCGGAGGGAGGAAAGUUUGAGUUCCCGCGAAAAGGGCGCUUUGCAGUAAAGUUGCUCCAUGGACAACAGGCUCCGCCAAUUUUAGCAGUUUCGCUUUUUUCUUCGUUUCUUUCAAUUUUCAAUUUUUUCUGUUGUCCCCAAAGUUCUUUUCGUCACAAAAGCUUUCUAUUCAUGUAUAAUUUGCAAACUUUGAUCGCAAAAAAGCUUUUCUCGUGAAAAAUGAUGAUUUUACACAGGUUUCGAUUGGGAUAGCGAAUAUUUGUGUUUUCUUUAUUAUCAAUGUGUGUUUUCUGUUUUCUUAAUCGGUUUUUCAGAGAAGAAACCCUUAAUUUGAAGCAGAUAGCCGGUUAUUUCUCACAAAAUGCGAGUCUAAUGAGACGUCCGCAACAUCGCGUGCACAGCUACUGUACUCAGUUGUCUGCAUACCGAUCCAAAGCUUUUUUCAAAAUUAAAGGCGGGAAAGUAAAAUUGCGUUUUUCUUCUAAAGUUGUCACAUCUGUAAUUUUUUUGAGUACACCAUUCGAUUCGCAAAGAAAAACUGUAUAAGAUACUGCUUUCACCUGAAAUACCAUUUUUUACUGCCCCUAUGCCUUUAAGCUCUUCAACCAGGUUUUUCGAAAAGUCCAUGUGAAACUGAGAACGUCUUAAAUACGAAAAAAAUUUCUAUUCAAUAAAUUGUAGAAUUUUGCUAUUAUUCUUCCUUUAAAGCUUUUUUAAAAGUUUUGCGAUAAUUGUGGGAAAAAUUCAGAGUUUUUUGGAAACUUGGACUUUCCUACAUUACCAGCUUUCAAAACGAACAUCGAAAAUGGUGAUCAUUUUUUUCAUCUUAGGAAGAAAUGAAGAAGGCUUUGACCACGGGAGAAUUCAUUUUGGAUCAAUCCAAUCCGGAAAUCGUCGAAAUGUCACAUUGCGAUCACGCUCUCGGAAAACAGAAAUUUGAGGGUUUCCAGUGAGUUUUCGAGUUUUUCUAUCAAGUUCGAAGCUCUUUUUAAAAAUGAAUUCAUAGGUUUUUCCGCGUUCAGUGCACUUACGAGAAAAAAUAGCGAUUAGAAAUUCAUAAAAUGCUUGAAAAAAGGAUAAGUUGCUCUACGGAUAAUCGCGAUUUUUUCAAAAAAGUUCAAUAAAUUGCCUCUAAAUACAAAGUUGAUCUAUAGAAAUUCCUUACCGGACUUUUUUUUUCGAAAAUUAAUAUUUUUUCACAGUACCUCCCUCCACCUGUUCCAUUCGCUGAAAAUCGUAGGAGCUUCGGAAUUUUGAAUUUUUUAGAAAUUCGUUCGUAGCUUAGUGGUUUGUGGCCUUGACUACAAUGAAAAGGGUCUCAAGUUCGAAUCCCUUUCAAACAAAAAAAGACUCGGAAUAAAAAUAAAAAAAUAAAUUAUAUAAUUGAUUUUUUUAAAUUACCCAUAAUUUAAUUUCGAUUUAGAAGGAAAAAAAUCGUUUUCGCAUGAAUAAAAAGUUUAUUGAAACUAACUUACAUUCUUCUCAAAAAUAUUCUUGCCCUUUAUAAAGCCUCUCUUUCAAUUUUUUUUUUCAAGAGUUUUUUCCAGUACCUCUACCUGUGCAAUCUGCCGAUUCUCCACCUACCUGUCCUAUUUCGGCCACGUCGCUGGAGUUGUUCACCUUGGCGAAACCUACCGUCAUUCAUCGAUUUAUGUCCUUCUCCGAGAACUUUUCCGAGUAUCCACUGAACAAUCCCGCUCCCAACUCGAUUACGCUUUCAAGUCUCACAAAAUUUCCAUUUUUGGAAUAACCUUGUAUUUUUAGCGUUGUCUGUAUGUAUUUUCAAAGGCUGGACAGCACGAUGCAGCUGCUGCGGAUCAUUCGAAACGUCCUGACGUCUUUCUCUCAAAGAGUGUUCGUUUUUUACAGAAUCCGGAAAGUCUAUCCGAAGAUUUUUUUAAAGGCGCAUGGACUCGUUUCAAAAAUGGAUUUGAAGCGAAGAAGUGUUAUUUUGGUUUUUUAAGACCUUCCAAUUUCUUCAUUUUUUUUUCCGGUUCAUUGAUGAAUUCGAAGAUAUGAAACUUCUCGAACCUUCCUAAAUUGUUGACCUUGUUAAAAUCCAUUUCGGUGAUUUCGAAAUCGACGCGUUAUUCGAUUCGCACGAAAUACGCAAAAUUGGGAUCCCGGAAGAUUUUCGAAACUCCAAUAUUGAAACGGAUUGGGCAUUUUGAAAGAAAAUUUCAAAUUCGCGCGUAAGAGCUACCGUAAAAUACACUAUACUGGGAGAAUUUUCAGUGGCCACUGUAGAGGCUCGCCAUGGACUACUUGGAGAGGACACUAAAGUGGCCACUAAACCUACCUCUAUAGUGGCCACUACUAUCCGUUCUAGUGGCCACUAUAGAGGUUCUCUAAUUAGUGGCCACUUCAGUAGUUUUUCAUCCAAUAUUCCUUCCAGUAACUCUGAUAACUUUAAAAAAAACCAAUUGGACCAGUUAUGUUGAUCCAUUGACCCCUAAAAUGAUCACUUUUUAGUGGUCUAGUAGUAGCACUUAGAUCUCUAUAGGGGCCACUAAUUUUUAACCCCUUAAGUUGCUACUAAAUUGACUACUAUAGUGGCCACUAAAAAUUUUCCCAGUUUUGUAAAUUAUCGUUGCAGGACCCAAUUUUUAAAAACCUUCAUUUUGCAUAUUUCACGAAAUAAUUUCGAAGCCGCCCUAGGUACUUGGUCCUUAUUUGGAAAAAUCCUCUUCAGUAUUAACUUUAAAAAAAAAUGAGAUGCAUCUGAUCCCUUAGAGAGAAACUAGGAUUCAGAGCCGAGCUGCGGGAAUCGACGCAGCGAUUCCAGCACGGAAUGACCGUCGCCGCGGCUGGAAGGGUUUUCCCGCUCGACACGUCUGAUUUGCAACUGAAAGACGUUGGAAAUCACCAUGACAUUCCUUCAAAAGCCCUUUUCAGAACAUAAUCGCCGCUUUGGUCGGUUCGACUCUUUCUCCUGACAAGCUGAUCAAUGAGCUCCGAUAUAUGAUGACCAUGGCUACCAAGUUUUCAUUUUUCUAUUUUUUCAGCCUAUAUUUGUAAACGUAUGAUUUUUUGCGCCUUUUUAUGCCCCUAGAGCUGAUAAAUGAGAGAGAAGAGAGCGCAGACAGGUUAGACUGUCUGAGGAGAGUCCGUUUUUUCUGAACUUCUCUGCGCCCUCCUGGUCUCUCGGCGACCCUCUCAUGUUGCCGUGCUAUUUUUAUGUUUCACUGACCUACUCCAAAACGUUGGAAACAGAAUAAAACUAGUUUUGAGUCAUUUUUUCAACUCAUGAUUUCCGAAAACUAUAUGGUUUUUGAUAAAUUUAGGCGUUUUUUCUCGUUUUUUUUUUCUGAGAAACGAGAUGCGAAGCAUGAGCUUUCAUAUAUUAUUUUUUCAAAGUUCAAAGAUCUAUCGGUUUUCGCAGCUCAUUUGUUAUGUAGUCGAUCCAAGGCUAUUUUGGGCGCAAAAGGGGGCGUGGCCUGUCUGCGCUCUCCACCCACCGGGCACUGUCUUUUUUUAUCGUGUCAAGACCCUUUUUCCAUGGCUGCCAGCCGUGAAUAAGCUGUGUACUUUUUUCCAAAUGAAAAAUUUUCAGCGAAGAGGGUCGAUCGGACAGCGAUUGUCCGAUUUGCCUGAACAAAAUCAUCGGCCAAUGGGUCGUCUACCCGUGUGCCCAUGUCGUCUGUGAAGUGUGCUACGGUCGUUUGAGGAGGUGAGAGAGUGUGGAAAAGCGAGAGACGUAGAGAAGCCAGUGGAGCAAUUUUUUCGAAAUCUGAAAAGAGAAAAUAGUGCGUUUUUCAUGAUUUUUGAUUCAUACAUGGAAUGAAUAAGCCUGGCGUCAGCCAAGUCCCUCCCCCUCGGAGCCACAAUGAUUUUUUUCGAUUUGAAGAAAUUUUUUUAUAAAUAGUGCAUCUAAUGAAAUAUCUCAGUUCGCACACCUAAAAAAAUUUUUUUUAAUUUUUUUGUCAAGUCCCCAGUUUGCGGCCGAACCAAGGUUAUUCCAAGUAUGUUUCUGAUCUAGUUAGCGUCGAAAAUGGUUUGAGUAGGUUCCUAUACAGAAAGAUAUUCGCUCAGGUUCAUUAGGAAAAUUUAGAAUAAGUAACUUGGGAUCAAUUUUCAGAUUUUAGAGAUUUUAAAAACCGCGAUGUAUUGCUACAAUUGAUCAUUUUUGAAAUUUCUAAAAUUUGAUUUCAAAUGAUUUUACAUAGCUCAAUUAUUCAUUUCAUCCACAAAGAACAUUUUUUUCAUUGAUAUAUCUAAAAAUAGGAACGAAAACUGAAGAAAAUACACAUCAUAAACAAAUUCUAUAAUUUUGUGCUUAUUUCUACUUCAGUACAACCGAUCUCGGCCCGCAAACGCAGUGCGUCGUGUGUCGCGCCAAAUUCAACAGCAGCCUUGUUUCCAACGUCCGUCAAAGGUCCGAACUUUCUGGAACCACCAUAGAAGGCCGUAGUCUUUCGGCAAAGGUUAGGAUUUUUUUCCAUAGGGACCCUUUGAAGGAACCCCUCUGGGGACCUCUCUACCUUCCCCUGAACGGCGCACUAAAGCUUGCAAAAGUGGCCCUUUUAGGGACAUGCUAGUCGGUUAAUUUUAUAUACUCCAUGAGGAGAAGCAUUUUCAAAUUAGCGUUUUUUUUUCUUAACAAUGAAAAAUUUAACAGUGUUCAUUAAAUUGACAAAAAGUUAAAAGAUCCCUCAAGGGACCCCUUAAGUUUUAGAAGCUUGAAGAUCAGACCCGACACCUCUUUAGGGACCACUCUUUUUACUCGGAAAAAAAUUCUUGAAGUUUAAAACGAUUGCGGAAGGAAUAAAGUUGGAAUUUUUGAAAAAAAAACCCUUUUCUGAAAAAAAAAAAAUAGAAUUACUUCGAGCUCAGAAGCUUCCAAGAUCAUAAAACGGGCCAAUUUUCCCGUCAAAAGUUGAUUUUUCGAAUUUUCUCAACGAUGUUCCAAAUUACGCCCCACCUUAUUCGAAUUCAAUUUCCAGCUUGACCGCUCGAUUGUUCUCAUUCGAAAAAUCCUCCACGAAAAUCCAAUGAACAAGGUUUUUCUUCUAUGACGUCAUGCGAAUUAGUGACGUCAUCAAUUUCAGAUAAUCGUCUUCACAACAGUUAACAAAGCCAGCACCGUCAUGAAAUACAUCCAGAAUAUCUUCAAAGAAGCGGCGGUUUAUCGAUUUUUGAGAUUUUCUGCUAGAUUAUCGAUUUUUCAGCUGCCCUACAUCUCCUCGAACCAAAUGCCGUUCCCACGGUGCAUAGCGAUGUUCAGGAAUAAUCCGGAUUGCCUGGUUUGAAAAUGUUUUAUUUUACGAGGCUCCAGUUUACACACAAGAGCCAAUUUUUGAAGAAAAGAAUUUUUUUCUUUCAUUGUUUUUGAAGUUUCGAAUUGCUUUAAACGACGCUCCAGUUGACGUUAAAAAUAUUUUUACUACGAUUUUCCAGUUUUCGCUGAUUUUUUGUGUGAAAAUUGCAUAUUUUCGAAUUUUCUGGACAUUUUUUUUUAAAUAUCAAAAUUUGGUUUAGAAAUUGUUUCUUUUGUCACUGUGUUUCGAAAUUUUUCGAACGAUGCUCCAGUUGACCCCAAAAAUUUUUGUAGUUCAUUCCGAAUUUUUCGGGUUAAAAUACGUAUAUUUUUGAUUUUCGAGGCAUUUUGUUGAAUGUUAGCACGAAUAUUUUCAAAGAACGAUGCUCCAGUUGACGCUGAACCUAGUAACAUACGAAAAAAUUUUGCAGUUUGCUCUUAAUUUUUCCACUCAUAAUUUUGUAGGUUUCAAGUCUUCGAAGAUUCACAGUAAAAUUCGACUUGAAAUGUCUCUUUUUAAUCAUUUUCCGGGUUUCGAACAUUUUUAAAGUACGAUGCUCCAGUUGACGCGAAAACAUUUUCAGUUUACUCUGGUUUUUUCGGGUCAAAGAUGCGUAUAUUUCCGAGUUUCGAGGCAUUUUGUUGAAUAUUAGAAGCGAAAUUCGACUUGAAAAAUCAUUUUUCCGGUUUCGAAUAUUUUUAAAGUACGAUGCUCCAGUUGACGCUGAACCUAAUAGCAUGCGAAAAAAUUUCAAUUUUCGCUGAAUUUCCCAAUGAAAACAGCGUAAUUUGAAGAUUAGCAGCGAAUUUCGAACAGGGAACGAUUUUUUUUUCUAAAUUUCAAUAUUUUAUUUUCAACAUUGCUCCAGUUGACGCUUAAGACCAGAAUGAAGUUAUUGGCAGGAGUUUUUUCUCAAUUUCCAGGUCCUCCUCUGCUCGAUGAUCCAAAGCGCCCAAGGGCUGAACCUGGCCGAAGCGAACCACAUCAUCUUCCUGGACCCUUGCCCGACCAAGUCCCUCGUCGCCCAGGCCAUCGGCAGGAUCAACCGAAUCGGCCAGACGAAGGAAAUGUUCGUCUACCAUCUCCUUGUCAAGGACUCCAUCGACUACAGCAUCUACGAGAUGGCCAGGAAGCAGAAGCUCACCAAACAUGGUAACCAGAGAGCUUUUUUUCGAGAAGUCAAAAGAUAGAGUUUAGGGGAGGAGGGGGUUGCGCAAACAAGAAAGUGUACUUUCAGAAAAAAAAUAAUAAAAAAAGGUUCUGCCUGUGAAGCUACUUCUUUCGGAAUUUUACUACUACAGUGUCCUCUGAAAAUUCAAAAAUCCCUAAAGUGACCACUAAAAAUUUCCCGAGUAGAGGAAGUUUUUUUUUUGAGAAUUCAACCUUUGGGAAAAUGGCAAAAAUGACAAAAAUGAAAAAAAAAUACAUGAAAUUUUUCGGAGUUUCGAGCAAAUGACGGAAAUAGCUAUAUAGAAAAUAUGCCCCAUUGAGAAUCCGAAAAAAAAUUCUACAUUAAAAAAAAUUUUCCUCUGAAAAAAAUGUUUUUCCGAACGUUGCUCCAGUUUACGCUCUUAAAGCCCCCUGUAUUUUUAUUUGCAUUUCACGGCCGUGGCCUACUUUUCACAUUCAUUUUCAUCAAUAUUCAAUUUCAGAACGUGGCUGGACCAUCGGAGACAUUUCCAUCAUGUUCGAACUCGACAAAGCUGAUGACGUCAUGGAGACUUGA